GCAAGCCCCUCCUCCGCGUAUGGGCUCCGAGCCGCCUAGCUCGCCGGCGCCGUCGUCGCUGACGUUGCUGCAGCUGGUUGAGGCCACGGGCGACUCGGAGUCGGACUCUCCAGCGGGCGACGGCGGGUGGCCCGUCGACGCGGACGAGGGCGACGCCGAGUCCUGCUGCGGGGGCGACGACGGCGGGGCGGGCUCCUUGCCCGCGGAGGUUCUGUCGUGGGACCGCUGGAUGCGGGAGUGCGCCGGCUACCACUACCAGCAGCUGGUGGCUGGGGACGGCGCGUCGUCGGCGACGGAGGAUGCCGCCGCCAGAGCCGACGCCGAGAGCGACAGGCUCUUCUGGGAGGCGUGCAUUGCGCACGGCUUCUAGCUUUUUAGCCUUUAGCUCCGUGUGUGCACAGUGCACAGAUCGAUCGGAAGAAUGGAAGGCUCCAUUUGAUUGCUUUUUCUGUUCUUCCGUCGUGAAUUUUCUCGUAAUUACGCUUGGUUGACCCGGUAAAGGGUUUGAUUCCUUAAUAUUAAAAGAAAAAGGGGAGUCCUCAAGGUUUUGUGUAUAUGUUGUGAGGUUAAUUGCACCAAUACUUUGCUAUUUGUCGCUGUGAAUUUUUCUUAUCACCCACCUAACCAUUCACAGCUCCGACACCUUUUGUUCUAAAUUUCUUCAUUUCUACCAAACCUCCUGCAGAAUCAAAUCUUGUUUCUCACUAGAUCCUACAUCAGC